AUGGAGAUCAGCGGCCUCCCGCUGGAGUUGUGGCGUUUGAUCUUGUCCUACAUGCGCCUCCCUGACCUCGGCCGCUGCAGCCUGGUUUGCCGCGCUUGGUACGAACUGAUCCUCAGCCUGGACAACACCCGGUGGAGGCAGCUGUGCCUCGGCUGCGUCGAGUGCCGGCAUCCGAAUUGGCCCAACCAGCCCGACGUGGAGCCCUGGUCGUGGCGGGAGGCCUUCAAGCAGCACUACCUCGCCUCGAAGACCUGGACGAAGAACAGCCAAGACCUCGAGUCCUCCAACUGCUUCUAUUUGUUCCGGAGGAAAAAGGACCGGCGCGUGCUUCGCGUCGGGCCCGGCUGCGAGUUCGACAACCUCAGGAGGGCCUUGCUCUCGGCCAGCGUUUAUGACAGGAUCGUGCUGUUGCCGGGGGUGUACGAAGAACAGAGCGAGAUCUUCCUCAAGGCCCCGGUGGAGAUCAUGGGGAGAGGGAAGCUCGGGGACGUGGCUCUUCUGGCCAGCUUCGACCAGCACUGUCCGACCAUGAGGCUAUGCAAUUUGGUAUUCAUGCCAGCCUGGUUCACGCCGGUCAUCUAUAAGACAACAUCGGGCCACGUUCAGUUUGACAACUGCAACUUUGAGAGCGGACAGCUGCAGAUCCACGCCCCGGGGACGUGCCAGGUUAAAUUCUGCACUUUCAACCAGUCCAGCAUCAAUUUCCACAGCGUCGCCAUCUCCCUCCUUGAAAACUGCGAAUUUGUUGGGAGCGAGAACGCUUCAGUGACGGUGGAAGGCUGCCCUUCUUUGGACAAGAACUGGGCCUGCAAGCACUUGGCCACAUUGGCCAAGUCCCGCUCUGUUUUGUUACAGACAUCAGAGUCUCCUCUUUGUAAUAUGUCAAAGUUGGAAAGCCAGGGACAUCUACCCGUGAGGAGCAUGAGGACUUGUGAAGUUGUGGUCGGUGAGGAACCAGGUCACUUAUUUUCUGCCUCGCAGACUGAAGCAAUGCUAAAGAGAGCUUGCGAGAAGGAGAACGACCUCUCCGGCCACCUUACCGUGGCGCACAAAGAAGAGGCCACGACCAUGGAUACGGAUUCUAGCGAUAGCGAACUGAGCAUGAGCAGCGAGAACGAGGAGGAGUCGGAGUCGACGUACCGUCUUCCUUACCAGGCUCACAGUCUGAGCCACCUGCUGGCCAGAGUUAUUCACGGCCGGCCGCCCGCCAACGGGUUGAUGGCCCUUCAGAACGACUACGAGCUAAAAAGCCUACCUCAGGAGAUGCAAAAAGAUAAGGAGGUCCAGGCUCUGGCCAACUCGGUCCAAGGGUGCCUCGUUCGGAAGUGCCUUUUCAGGGACGGGAAGGGUGGAGUCUUUGUCUGCUCUCAGGGGCAAGCCCGAGCGGAAGGGAGCAUCUUCAAGGACUUGAUCUACGCCGUGCGAUGCAUACAAAACAGUAAGAUCAUCAUGCUGAAGAAUGACAUUCACCACUGCAAGACCUCAGGGAUAUUUCUCCGCCUCGGUGCAGGGGGCUUGAUAGCAGACAAUGACAUUCAUUCCAACUGUGAAGCGGGCAUUGACAUUCGGAAAGGAGCCAACCCUCUGAUUCUGUGUAAUAGGAUCCACAGCGGCCUUCGCUCCGGCAUCGUCGUCCUUGGCAACGGAAAAGGCAUCAUCCGUAGCAAUCAAAUUUAUGGAAAUAAGGAGGCUGGCAUUUACAUUCUGUAUAACGGCAACCCUCUGGUGAGUGGGAACCACAUCUUUCAGGGACUUGCUGCGGGGAUUGCUGUGAACGAGAACGGAAGAGGCCAAAUAACAGAAAAUGUCAUCCGAGAGAACCAAUGGGGAGGUGCCGAUAUCCGUCGGGGAGGUGACCCCGUCCUCAGAAGCAACCUGAUCUGCUGUGGAUAUUCAGAUGGUGUGGUGGUCGGAGAGCGUGGGAAAGGGCUUGUCGAAGGAAACACCAUUUAUGGUAACAAGGGCUGCGGAGUCUGGAUAAUGUCCUCUAGCCUCCCCCACAUCACCAGCAACCAAAUUGGCCACAACAGCAUCUAUGGGAUUGCGGUGUUUUGCCGCAAGGAUGAUGCCAACGACUAUCUUGCCAACCAAGGGGGAAACGAGAACUUCAACGAUGAGGGGGAAGCCGCCAACUGGGAGAACGAGCUGGAGAGUGAGGACGAGCGCCUGACUUUCCGGAGGCCCAUCAGCGUGGCGCUGGUGGAGUCCAACAGCAUCAAUCACAAUGGGGCUGCUGGUUUAUAUGUCAAGAGCAGCGAGGCCCUGAACAUCAUAGGGAAUGCCAUCCAUGCCAACCGCGACUGUGGGGUCUCCGUCUCCCAGAGCUCCCAGCUCACCCGGAUAGCCAACAACAGCAUUUCUUGCAACAGCCUCGGUGGAGUCCUGGUGGAAGCGGAGUGCCGGGUGGACCUCCGAGGCAACGGCAUCUAUGACAACUGCAGCCACGGCGUCGCUUCCAAGGGUGACGGGGUCGUCACUGAAAACGAUAUCCUCGGAAACAAGGGGUGCGGCCUCCGGUUGUUGCAGGCAGCUGACAUGAAGGUAAUCAAAAACAGAAUCCACUCCUUCCGAGGAUAUGGAAUUGAGAUGCUUGACCAGACCAAAGGCGUGGUGCAAGACAACCUGAUUUUCCAAGGGAAAUCCAAAAAGGUCAUUUUGCAGCAGACGUACAGUGGCGACGGAUGCAUUGUUCAGAAUAAUAAGCUCAUUGCCUUUAAAAAAAAGUUCGACGCUGCCUGGACCUUGGAGAACCCUCCGGCGCGCCCUCACAUCGAAGGAUCCUCCCGAGGCGUGUCGAUCGCUGGGAACAGUCAAAAGGUCACAAACGUAACCGCCAGGAUAGCUGCUCGAAUGGACGGAGGUUGCCAUAACAACGGCAGCAUCUUCUGCACUAUUCUGUGACGCCUGUGCAUUUCUUUCAAGUUUUUAUUUAGCUCAGAGACCAG